CUAUGCUCGGUGCGUUCCAGGACUCUCCACAGUGGCACCGGCUUUUUAUGCUCAUGUAAAAGCUAGAGUCUGUACUCGCCACUACAUGGAAGGGGACGGCUCAACUGGGGAACUAAAUAUUAAACUUCUUGGUGGUGGUGACAAUCCGGAUACUGGAAGGUCUCGUAAAAGGCCUCGUGAGGAAGAAUCGGGUUCUUCAUCUCAAUCGGCCGAUCACCCAACUUUGGGAGGCAACAGAAUAUCCAACAUAAGUACAUUCCUUCCAAAGGGGAAGAAUUUACCAUACUUUGAAGGCUUUCUUACAUUUAUCGAGAAGAGCAAAUUUAGAAAUCAUCCAGAACUGCUACCGUACAAGCGGCACCCCUUGGUUUUUAUGUCCCCACUAGAAAGAGCUGCUGCUUUGGAUAAUCUUUUGAAGAUUUAUUUCCGGCUCAAUGGUACUCAGCAGAAGGCUUUCCGGUCAACAUUGGCCAGCAUCGAUUGCCCCAACUGGCCUGCUGCAAAAAGUUACUGCAUUUUUGAACCUCUGGUUACUUAUCAAGUGAACAAGCGUGGCUUCGAUACAUACCUAGAAGAGCACUUUGAUUGUUUACUCAUUUUGCGAAACCAUAAUGAGCACGGCAAAGUGUUGGAAUGGGAAUUGCUUGACUAUGCCUCAGUUGCGUGCUUCGGAGAUUUUGUUCAGGAUUCUUUCUUGGGUCUUAUGCUAAAGGGCUAUGAAGUUCAUAAAGCCCUUGCUUAAAGGCAUUUGGCAGGCAGAAGGUGGAGCCUGAGGUCAAGGAGGAGACUCCGGGUGUGAUGCCAGAAGUACCAGCGGCAACUGAGUCUCAGUGAAGGCGUCCUGAGCUCGUGAUCGUCUUCCAUGAAUCUGAAGCUUCAUUCACUGAGAGUUGUGAGGUCUUAUAAGCAUAGAGUUAUCUUUUGGUUUUGUCCUUGUCUUUGCUUAGUUGGGACAUACAUGGUUUGCCUGAGCGAUUUCAACUUGUAAGACACUAAGACCCGUUCCAGUUAUGGAUCUUAAUCUGGUUGGAACCGCCGUCAUUUGCGGUGCAUUUUGGUGAUAUUCGUUUUGCCAUCACCUAUGCUUCAUUCUGUCGAAUGGAAUGGAAGAUCAUUUGAUCA